AUGUCGGCACAUCGAGUGGCCGCAUCAUUGCCACGGAUUGGUGUCACAAUCGGACAUACUCCACAAAAACUCAAAACUGGAGGCAUUGAGCCAAGCCGUCGAGCUCGACUUGAAGUUCUCCGUCGAAUUGUAACAAGGACAGUUCGAGAAGAGCGAGUUGAGCUGAAAUGGAAUCGUGCUGUUGAAGCGAGACCAUACGUUGAGAGAUUAAUUCAAUUGGGAGUCGAAAGAGGACCACUUGAUGAGUAUACUGCAGAAAUGAUGGAGUGGUGGCUGCCAGAAAAGGAUUUGAUUACGAAAAUGCACGAAGUGAUUGUGCCACGAUUCCAAAACCGAGAUUCUCCAUUCACUUCACUUUUCCGUCUACCGCCCCAACGUCUUCAGCAAUUCAUUCAAAACAAACGUGAGGUGUGGAAGCGUUACGAUAUUGGAGUUUUGGAAAUCGAUGGAAAUCCGUUCCCAGCAAUUCAGGCAGCUCAUCAAGAACAAUCAGACUCAAUUCUCGACGUAUUGCUUGCUGAUGCUCUCCGAAAUCAUCAAAUUACUCUUCAAGAAAAGCUCGAAGCUUCUACCGAAUCGAAAUAA